AUGUCGGAUAUCAAGCCAGAGGAGAUUAGUCAUCCGCCCAUGGAUCAGCUUCAGGGCUUCGAGUACUGCAUAGACUCCAACCCAUCCUGGGGUGAAGCGAUUGCCCUAGGGUUUCAGCAUUACAUACUGGCGUUGGGGACUGCGGUCAUGAUUCCUACUUUUCUAGUUCCAUUAAUGGGUGGAAGUGACGAUGAUAAGGUGAGGGUGGUUCAAACAUUGCUAUUUGUAGGAGGGAUCAACACAUUGAUCCAAACCCUCUUCGGAACUCGACUUCCAACCAUAAUUGGAGGAUCAUAUGCAUUCUUGAUUCCUAUUAUCUCCAUAAUUCAUGAUUCAUCCUUUAGCCAAAUUGCUAACGACCGUGAGAGAUUUUUGCAAACCAUGAGAGCUAUUCAAGGGGCACUCAUUGUUUCUUCAAGCAUCCAGAUCAUUCUAGGCUACAGCCAGUUAUGGGGAAUCUGUACAAGAUUCUUCAGCCCUGUGGGGAUGGUUCCUGUGGUCUCACUGGUGGGCUUUGGCCUUUUCUAUAGAGGCUUUCCAGUGGUUGGGAGAUGCGUAGAGAUUGGAGUUCCCAUGCUCAUCCUUUUCGUCGCAUUAUCACAGUAUCUGAAGCAUUUAAGUGUGAGACGAUUACCGUUGCUGGAGCGAUUUGCAUUGCUGAUAUCAAUUGCCAUCCUUUGGCUCUAUGCUCAUAUUCUGACGGUGAGUGGAGCCUACAAGUACAGACCAGUGAAAACUCAGUUCAAUUGUCGCACGGAUCGAGCUAACCUUAUCUCUUCUGCACCAUGGAUAAAAGUUCCAUACCCACUUCAAUGGGGGGCUCCUACUUUUGAUGCUGGCCAUGCAUUUGGCAUGAUGGCUGCUGUUUUUGUUUCACUUGUUGAGUCAACUGGAGCAUAUAAGGCUGCAGCUAGGCUAGCAAGUGCAACACCACCACCAGCUCAUGUUCUUAGCCGUGGCAUCGGAUGGCAGGGAAUUGGAAUUUUGCUGGAUGGCCUCUUUGGCACAGUAUCUGGCUCAACCGUAUCUGUGGAGAAUGUGGGACUUCUAGGAAGCACAAGGGUGGGUAGCCGAAGGGUGAUACAGAUAUCUGCUGGUUUCAUGAUAUUCUUCUCCAUCUUGGGGAAGUUUGGAGCACUAUUUGCCUCCAUUCCUUUCACCAUCUUCGCUGCGGUUUAUUGCAUUCUUUUUGGAUUAGUUGCGGCUGUGGGUCUCUCCUUCUUGCAGUUCACCAACAUGAAUUCCAUGCGCAAUCUCUUCAUCGUCGGUGUAUCCAUAUUCCUUGGCCUGUCAAUCCCUGAGUACUUCUUCAGCUAUACAGAGAGUGCAAAUCGCGGUCCAGCUCACACCAAGACAGAAUGGUUUAAUGACUACAUCAACACCAUAUUCUCUUCUCCAGCAACAGUUGCUCUGAUUGUUUCUGUGUUUCUUGACAACACACUUGACUUCAAGGACACAGCUAGAGAUAGAGGAAUGCCAUGGUGGGUCAGAUUCAGAACAUUCAAGGGAGAUAGUAGAAAUGAAGAAUUCUACACUCUACCUUUUAAUCUUAAUCGCUUCUUCCCACCUUCUUAGAGAACAAAAUGAGCUACAGAGAAUGAAGAGGACAAGAAGACUAAAAAUGUUGAGUAGAGCUGACAAUGUAGGCUGUGCUUCAGAGAUGUUCUUGUUAGGGGGAAAUGCUUUUUGGGGAGUUUAUGAGAAUACUUUCAGGGAAAUUAAUGCAGUUCAAUAAAACUACAGAAGAACCCCAUCAGCUCACUCUAGAGGGAGUUUAAACUAAUGUUAGAAUGAAAAAGUUGGGGCUUUUGGGUUGUAAGUAGUGUUAAUGGAUUUUGGAUUUAUGUAAUCAAUCCUACUAAUGCUAAUUUAUCUUCUUUUCUUAAA